CCUCUCAACAUUGCCUACAGUCACAUCUAUAGCUCCUACCGCAAUUUUGUGGGGCCACCUCAUUUCAAGACGAUCUGCAGGCUUCUUGGCUAUCAGGGCAUCGCAGUGGUCAUGGAAGAGCUACUGAAGAUCGUCAAGAGCCUGCUACAAGGCACCAUCCUGCAGUACGUGAAGACUCUGAUUGAAGUAAUGCCCAAGAUAUGCCGCUUGCCAAGACAUGAAUAUGGCUCUCCAGGAAUCCUGGAGUUUUUCCACCAUCAGCUGAAGGACAUCAUUGAGUACGCAGAGCUGAAGACCGACGUAUUCCAGAGCCUCAGAGAAGUGGGCAAUGCCAUUCUCUUCUGCCUCCUUAUUGAGCAGGCUUUGUCCCAGGAAGAAGUUUGUGAUUUGCUGCAUGCUGCUCCCUUCCAAAAUAUUUUGCCCAGGGUCUACAUCAAAGAAGGAGAACGCUUGGAGGUGCGCAUGAAGCGUCUCGAAGCCAAGUAUGCCCCACUUCACCUGGUUCCCUUAAUAGAGAGGCUGGGCACUCCGCAGCAAAUAGCCAUUGCCCGGGAGGGUGACUUGCUGACCAAGGAGCGGUUAUGCUGCGGGCUGUCCAUGUUCGAGGUGAUCCUGACGCGAAUUAGGAGCUACCUGCAGGACCCGAUCUGGCGCGGGCCACCCCCGACGAACGGGGUCAUGCACGUGGACGAGUGCGUGGAGUUUCACCGGCUCUGGAGUGCCAUGCAGUUUGUGUACUGCAUCCCCGUGGGCACCAACGAGUUCACUGCAGAGCAGUGCUUUGGAGAUGGUCUGAACUGGGCAGGUUGCUCUAUCAUUGUUCUCCUUGGACAGCAACGGCGCUUUGACCUCUUUGACUUCUGCUACCACCUGCUGAAGGUGCAGAGGCAGGACGGGAAGGAUGAAAUCAUAAAAAAUGUGCCCUUAAAGAAGAUGGCCGACAGAAUCAGGAAGUAUCAGAUCCUGAACAACGAGAUUUUUGCCAUCCUGAACAAGUACAUGAAGUCGGUGGAAACAGACAGUUCCACGGUGGAGCACGUGCGCUGCUUCCAGCCCCCAAUCCACCAGUCGCUGGCCACCACCUGCUAG